AUGCUGAACGUCGCUACGGCGCCCCUCUCUGUCGCAGUAUCGGAGGCUGGUGGCUUGGGUUUCCUCGCAGGUGGAUUUGAUGUCUCGCUUUUGGAGAGUAACCUUGAAGAAGCGGUCCAGCUCGUCAAACAGUCAACUGAGUUAGAGCAAUUUUACGCCGGCACCGGCAUCCUCCCAAUCGGAGUAGGCUUCCUAAACUGGGGCGCCGACCUCACCAAGUCCAUAGCCGCGAUUGAGAAAUACCAACCGUGCGCCGCCUGGCUUUUCGGACCAAAGUCUAUCCCGGAUGACCUUCGACCCUGGGCUGAGAGAGUGCGCACCGUGACCGACGGCAAGACCAAGAUCUGGGUGCAGAUAGGCACAGUAGACGAAGCGAUCGCCGUCGCAGAAGCCCUUUCCCCGGAUGUAUUGGUCGUGCAGGGGUCAGAUGCCGGUGGCCAUGGCCUGGCUCAAUCGGCGUCGAUUAUCACACUGGUGCCAGAGGUCAAGGAUGCCCUUGCCAAGCGACAGAUCAAGACCAAUAUACCCCUUCUCGCCGCCGGAGGGAUCGCUGACGGGCGAGGAAUGGCCGCCUCUCUUGCUCUAGGGGCUUCGGGAGCGGUGAUGGGGACUCGAUUUCUAGCAUCGUCUGAGGCAAAUAUUGCUCGAGGGUAUCAGGAUGAAGUCCUUCGGGCGUCCGACGGCGGUACUAGCAGUGUCCGGUCGACCGUGUACGACCGCAUACGGGGCAUACUGAGCUGGCCGACCCGAUAUGACGGGCGAGGAAUCAUAAACAAGAGCUAUAUUGAUGCCAUGAACGGUAUGAGCGAUGAAGAAAACAAAGCACUCUACGAGGAAGAGCUGAAGAAAGGCGACUUGGGAUGGGGGCCUGAUGCUAGGCUAACGACGUAUGCUGGCACUGGAGUCGGCCUUGUGAAUGAAACGCUUCGAGCUGCUGAAAUUAUAGCGAAUGUUAUCCAAAAGGCGCAGGACAUUAUACGGCGUUUGAAGGAUUAA